AUGCCGAAGUUGUUGAAGAAGACCGAGCACGUCGAAAUUCCGUCCAACGUUGAAUUAACGAUCAAACAAAAGGAAGUGACGGUGAAAGGCCCACGUGGUGAAUUAAAGAAGAAAUUCAACCACCCGAAAAUCGAUGUGUACAAGAGCAAGGCGUCGUUGAAGAGAGACACCCCAGUUGUCGAUGUAGUCGUCGUUGAUAUGUGGUAUGCCACCAAAAGAGACGCUGCUGUAGUCAGAACUGUUGCCACUUUGAUUCAGAAUAUGAUCAUUGGUGUCACCAAGGGUUACAGAUAUAAGAUGAGAGUCGUAUAUGCCCACUUCCCAGUCAAUCUUGUCAUUGCUGAUGACAAGAAGUCGAUCAUCGUCCAAAACUUCGUUGGUGAAAAGAGAGCCAGAAACGUCCAUAUGUACGAAGGCGUCACUAUCGAAAAGCUCGGAAAGGACGAAAUCUGCUUGGAAGGAAAUGAUGUCCAAGCCGUCUCACAAUCCGCUGCUAACCUCCACCAGGCUAACCAAGUCAAGAAUAAAGAUAUCAGACAGUUCCUUGAUGGUAUCUACGUAUCUGAAAAAUGUCUCAUCGACGCUUAA